AUGGAGGAACUCAAUGGAACAGAGCGCCUGUGCUCUGACGGCGAAGUCCAACUCAUUCCAUCGCCGACCGACUCUCCAGAUGACCCACUCAACUGGAGUAGGCCCAGACGCUAUUGGCAUUCCUUUCUGGUCCUGUUCUUUGUUGCAUUGACUGCAGCAGUAUCCAACGAUGCCGGUACUGCGGGCAAUGGAAUGAUCUUAGACCUUCAGAUCACGUGGGACGAUAUCAACAAUGCUGCUGGUGUCCUCUUCAUUGGCAUCGGUUAUGCCACUUUGUUGUUCAGUCCGGCGCCUUUCCUGUAUGGACGACGCAUAUCAUAUUUGAUAUGUCUGAUGUUCUCCAUCAUCGGCUCGCUCUGGUUUGCCCGGAUCUUCAAAGUUGCGGACAACAUCUGGAGCCAGCUGUUUGUGGGCGCCUCCGAGUCAUGCGCCGAGGCACUGGCGCAGUUGUCCCUGUCAGAUCUCUUUUUCCAGCACCAAAGAGGUCUAGUUCUGGGUCUAUACGUCCUGGCUACCAGUGUUGGUACCUUCAUGGGCCCAUUAAUUGCUGGGUUUAUUACCGACAGUAGUCAAUUGGGGUGGCGCUGGGUGGGUUGGCUCGGUGCGAUCAUUUCAGGGGCAUUGCUUCUCACGUUCUACUUUGGACUUGAAGAAACAUUCUUUGAUCGGAACAAUCCCCUGAAUGGACAAGCCACGUCUUCCAGUCAGACCGAACCAUCAAGCGACCUCUCAGUGGAUGAGAAGAAAAAUACUGCCGCGAACGUGCAAGCUACCCCGGCCAACCAGCCAGAUGAGGAGUCUGGACAGAAAAAGGGAAAGACCUAUCUUCAGCGCAUCGCCCUGAUUACCCCGUCCCCCACUUUGGUCGGGACCGGCUUCAAACAGUAUUGCCGUCGUCUGCUUCACACGCUGCGAAUCUUUACCUUCCCCGCGGUGCUCUACUCCGGCCUUCAAUGGGGCGCUCAAGAUGCCUGGUUAACCUUCUAUAUCACGGUAGAAGACGACAACUGGUACGGGGCACCCUGGAACUACAGCGACGCAGGAGUGGGGAUCAUGAAUGUCCCAACUCUGAUUGGCGCAGUCAUUGGCUGUAUCUACGGUGGAUGGUUUUCUGACUUCUUCGUUGUCUGGAUGUCCCGGCGAAACAAGGGCAUCUUUGAAGCCGAGCAGCGUCUGUGGCUCCUGGUACCGGUGGCUUUCAUCGGUCCUGCGGGUCUCAUGCUCUUCGGUAUUGGCACGGACAAAGGCUGGGACUGGCCCUUGCCCUACCUCGGUCUAGGCUUUAUCGGCUUCGGUUGGGGUUGCGCCGGCGAUCUCAGCAUGGCGUAUCUCAUGGACGCGUACCCGGAGAUGGUUCUCGAGGGUAUGGUCGGUGUUUCUGUCAUCAACAAUACCAUCAGUUGCAUAUUCACUUUCACUGCCGAGUCCUGGCUAGAUGCCCAGAGUCUGUCGCAGGUUUUCAUUGCUAUUGGCUGCUUGAGCUUCAUAUUCAUCAUGACGACUAUUCCCAUGAUCAUCUGGGGCAAGAAAUGUCGCAGGCUGACUCGCAAGCAGUAUGAGACGUUCCUGCGCAUCCGUGAUGGGCCUUCUUCUUAG